CCUUAGUUUUAGCCCUUCUUCGUCUUCAUCCUCUUCUCCUUUGCAGAUUCCAAAUAGUACAGAAAUCACACCUCGGCUUGAUCAAUUUCAUGUUUGUUUCAUCUAACCUCUUAUUGAUACUCGAUUCCAACCAUCUCGAAAGGAAGAAUCUGCAGCUGUACCCAUCUGUUUCCUCCGGAAAUCGCCGGAAUCGAGGAUUUCCAAGCUGCGGAAACCCUAGCGCCACGGCCAUAGAUGUGAUCUCCCACAUCGGAUUAGUUUUCGGAAAUCAAUAUAUCGAUCUCGGCAAAAAGGAAGAAGAGAAGCGAGAAGCUUGCGGGGGAAAAGUUCGAUUUUUUCGGGAGGGAAAUGCCAAGCGUAGCCGUGAAGCUUUAUAGCGUGUUCUUCAAGCUACUUUUGAAACACCGCUUCCAGAAUCUGGUCUCGGUUUCGGCUGACGGUUCGUCGGAUCUAUUCGGGAUCUCGACACGGCCCGACGAAUCGGUCGCCGCCGCGAAUCCGUCGUUCACGGACGGUGUUGCCACGAAGGACAUCCACAUCGAUCCAUUGACGUCUCUAUGUGUUCGUAUCUUUCUACCCGAAUUUGCUCUUUCUCCGCCUGAACCUGAUCACAGUAAUCUACGCCACAGGGACAAUCACCGUCAACCCAGAUCCGAUCGGAGACACAGUAAUGGCCCUCCCAUUCGAAAUUCUCCGGCGCCAACGGGGGAAGAAUCUAGAAGGAACGGAUAUGGUUUCAGAAACGACACUGUAGAAGCGUACAGAGGAUAUUCGCCAUCUCCUAAGGGGAGUUGUCGGAAACUUCCGGUGAUGUUACAGUUUCACGGCGGAGGAUGGGUCAGCGGAAGCUGUGAUUCGGCGAGCAAUGAUUUCUUCUGCCGGAGAAUCGCCAAGCUAUGUGACGUCAUCGUCUUGGCUGUCGGAUACAGGCUUGCACCGGAGAAUAGGUACCCGGCUGCGUUCGAAGACGGGAUAAAGGUGCUGCAUUGGCUUAAGAAACAGGCUAAUUUGGCAGAAUGCUGCAAGUCUGUAGGCAAUCAGCGUGCCAAUGGCGUUGAGUUCAAGAAACAUGACUUUCAGCGCCACAUAGUUGAUCCCUUUGGAGCUUCCAUGGUUGAACCUUGGCUUGCGGCUCAUGGCGAUCCUUCUAGAUGUGUGCUACUAGGGGUGAGCUGUGGGGGGAACAUAGCAGACUAUGUGGCUCGGAAAGCAGUCGAAGCUGGGAAGCUUAUGGAGCCUGUGAAGGUUGUGGCUCAAGUUUUAAUGUACCCAUUUUUCAUGGGAAGCGUCCCGACACAGUCUGAGAUAAAGUUGGCAAACUCUUACUUCUACGACAAGUCCAUCAGCCUUGUCGCCUGGAAACUCUUCUUGUCAGAGAAGGAAUUCGACUUGGAUCACCCGGCAGCCAACCCGCUCGAACCCGGACGAAGUGGACCACCCCUCAAGCUCAUGCCGCCUACUCUCACAGUUGUGGCGGAGCAUGACUGGAUGAGAGACCGAGCCAUCGCUUAUUCCGAGGAGCUGAGGAAGGUGAACGUUGAUUCUCCAGUUUUGGACUACAAAGAUGCGGUUCAUGAGUUUGCUACACUUGAUAUGCUCCUCAAGACGCCUCAGGCUCAGGCUUGUGCUGAAGACAUUGCCAUCUGGGUGAAGAAAUACAUCUCACUUCGUGGUCACGAGUUCUCUUACUGAUUUGUUAAUAAUAAAAAAAGGUGAGCGCCCAUGUUUUGAGUUAUUAUCUUGUUUGGUAUGUAAGAUAGGAAGUGAUUGAGAUUUUUGCACCAUUGUCAAUUUUUUAAUUUUUUAAUUAAGUUGUACGUAAUAAAUCAGGGAGCUCUAAACGCGAUGUUUGCUGUUGUUUUGGUAGAAAAUGAAAGGGUUCACAAGAUCACGGGGUUAGACCGUUAGAUUAUCUAUUAUUGUAUUAACUUAAUCCGUUGAGAAUAUAUCAACAUUAGAACAUAA